UGCAACACCAGAAAAAAAAAAAUUCAAAUCCGACUUUUUUAAAAUUUAAACCAAGAAAUACAUACACAAACUGUUGAGCGUUGAAUAUCCUGAGCAGAGUUAGGUCACAAAAAGUUUGUUUGAUAAUACUUGAAAACUUGUUCAGUUUUCACCUCUUUCUCUCAUACUAAAAAAAUUCCCUCCCUCUUUUUCAAAUCCAUGGCUCGAAAGCGCUCAAAAAUCCCGAUUGAAGACCCUCCAGCUGCUGCUUCUUCUUCUUCAUCGUCAUCAUCGGAGGAAGAAGAAGAGACUUCCUCUGAAGAAGAAGAAACCCAAACCCCACAAACCAUCAAAAACCCAACUCUGAAUGUGAAGCCUAUUGCUACAAAACCCAUGGAGGAAACUUCAAAGAUUAAGAAACCCAGAUCAAAACUCUCGGCUUCUCCCGUUAAGGCUUCUUCAGCCAAGCGGCCUAGUGAGUCCGAGCAAGAACCCAAAGAAGUGAAACGACCCAAGAAAAAAACCAGCGACGAAGAAGGGACCGGUUCUGCUACUGCUGUUGAGGAGGUGAACAAGACUGGAGAAGAUGCAAAGAAACAGCUUUUCCAGCGGCUGUUCAGUGAAGAUGAUGAAAUUGCUGUGUUGAAAGGUAUGUUAGAUUACUUGGCGAAAAAAGGGGUUGACCCUUUUGCUAAUGCCAAUGCAUUCCAUGAUUUUGUUAAGAAAUCAAUUCAUACUGAUGUUUCAAAAGCUCAGUUGAUGUAUAAGGUUAGGAGGUUAAGGAAAAAAUUUGAAAAUAAUGCUGGGAAAGGUAAAAAUGGUAAGGACCGGAUUUUUUCUAAACCCCAUGAACAGAAAAUUUUUGAAUUGUCCAAAACGAUUUGGGGUAGAGAAGGAAUUACUGGAAAUGCUGAGUCUUCUGCUGCUAAGUCGAAUGGGAAAGAGAAGGAAAAUAGCAAGACUUUGGUUGAAUUAAAUGCAGAGUCGCUUUUUGAUAAGAAAGUGGAUGAUAGGGAGACAAUGGAGGUUGAUAAGAAGCAGUCUAAGAGUUUGGGUAACUUGUUUGAUAAGAUGAUUGGUGUAGGUGGGUUGGAAGAGGAAGUUAUAAAGCAUGGACUGGAUAUGAUUGGGGGAGAAAAGAGGGAAGCUUUGGAGGAGAAGUGGAGGAAAUUACAGAUCGCUGAGUUGGAGCUGUUUUUGAAGCGGAAUGAGUUGCUGAAGGAACAGGCCAAGUUGAUGCUGGACUUUUACAAGUCUGAAGAUGCAUAGCUGGUCUAGAAUAUUUUCAUUUUUAGAGAACUUUAUGUUAUUAGGUGUCUUUAAUGUUUCUAUGACUGUGACUUUUGGUAACUUAGAUUAUAGCAAUCUCUUGCACUCAGGAAUUUGCUAUUUCUGAGUAGCAUGUUAUUUUCAAACGGUAAUUAUGGUUUGAUUAUCUAUUGUUUUUAGUUUUAUAUCUUAUGCUUGUAGUUGCUUUAUGUUUGGUUAUUGAUAAUCUUGUGGAUUCCCCACCCAAUAUGAAUUGCCUCAAUGCUUUCUGAAUUGUUAAUUUCACAUUGUUAUCAGAGUACUAUACUGGCCUGUUACUGUACUUUACUGAAUUUUUGUUUAGGUUUAGAAGUAUUAGUGAAUUAUAUUUUAUACCAGUGGUUUCUAUUGGUAACUAAUCUGGAGAAUGUAUUUUUUGUUAGCCAUUAACUGAAUUGUUUUCAAAUGAAUAUUACAAUGUAGUUUUGCAAAAUCCACAAGAUUUUUCCAUCAGGUUGGAGAUCUCAUGUUUUGUUACCUUUCUGUAUGAUGUUUUUGGUUGGGCAUGGUGAUUAUGGCUGCUUUUUGCCUCCACAUAUUUCCUUUGUUCACUUAAACUUGUCUGAGCUGAUCUUUCAAGCAAAUGCCAAUAAUCUAUUUUGUUGCUGCAUUAGCUCUGCUUUGGUUAAACUCAUACAUGAUCAUUGAAUAUGUUAGCUAUGGUUUUACAGCCACUACUUUUGGUCUGCAGCUGUAUGACUCAGGUUUGUAUGCAAGUGACGGUAAUAAAAACUGGCAAUCUAGGCUGGUUUUAACAAGUUCUUUUCAGGAUCUUGAUAGAAUGUAUAAUUUCUUUUAAUGUUACAUAAAUGUGUAUGUUGGUUGUUGCAUUUGCUUUAGUUCCAAGUUCAUUUUUGUAGUAGUUUCUGCUUACCAUUAACAUUAUCAUGUUCUCUGACAAAAGCAACUAGACUUUACAUUCUAGCUAUGUAUGUGUUUUUCUUUGUAUGUAUCAAGUAACAGGUAGCGAAAGCCUGCUUCAUAAAAGUAGUAUCUUCCUUACUGGUAAGGCUUUGAUGUUUAUAUGCUAUUACAGCAUUUUACUGUUGAUGAACUGAGCAUAGAUUAGAGCUAACUAAUUUUGUUCUUGGUUAUGUAUUUAUGGAUAUUGUCAACAUAAUUGAAUGACUUUUAUUCUUAACCAA